AUGGCGCGCACCACAGCAUACCACAUGUGCGCCGCCAUAGCGAUGUUCCUGGCAAUCUUUUGCAGCUCUCUACUCUAUGCUCAUCAACGAUCAUCUGGUGACGGCGUCGCCAGCCCUCCUUCUCUCGUCUUCGACAAGGCCAUAGCUCCACGAGAUGGCAUCGAAGUCCCACCACAGAGCCUGGAUGCCAUCGUGCUCAAGGACCCAGAACCGCUCGCCGUUCGUGACAAGAUAGUCAAUAGCGAUAGUGAGCUCACUGCUGUGCUUCUCAAGCCCCAAGAGAAAGUCUCCAUCCCUUCCGAGUACAAGACGUCCGUCAAGAAGGGAGAACUACUCCUCUGCUACAUGAAAGGCGAAGCUUCUCCAGGUAGUAAAGACACUUCUGCCUGGCAGAGUCUUUCACAGCUGGAUUUGUGGGGCUGGAAGAGGGAGGUUGAUGAGGCGGAUGAUGUGAAGGAUUAUAGUCAUGUUGUUGGCAAGUGCACCCGAGAAAUCCGGCUGCAGGAAAUCAUCAAUAGUGACCUCACGGGUGGGAAGCAGCGGAAGUGGGUACAUUAUGCUGAGAGUACUGAUGGUGGGAUCACCUACUAUUAUAAGAACCAGCAUUGGCCAGACGCAGGUAUUCUGAUGGCCGAUAGCAACUAUGGCGCAGAGUAUAUGAUCGUCAAGGGCAAGGCGAGCAAGAACCCGUGGGUUGGGCUGCCUCUGCCGAAGCUGAAGCAAUGGCAAGACCUGACCUCACCAUCCCAACGCCAGAAUUUGCGCUGGAUCUUUCGCCGCAACAUCAUGAACGAAGAGACCCAAUCUCUGAUCAGCCGGGUGAUCGAGAAUCGAGGCGACAAUGUCCUCUGGCACAUUGUUCCCAAUCCUUUCAAGCUGUACGAAGCUCCGACGUGGCCUGGAAUGCUGCUGAAAGAGGGAGACGAGGGCUUCGCGGCUUUAAGCGGAUCACCGAAUGUUGCUGGACUCUGCUGGCUCCUGAUCCAGCAUCAGGGUGCUGAGCAGCUAGGCAAGAAGACGGUCAAGUCCAUUCGCGUGUGGAAGGAUGACUCUGGUGCAUAUGCUCCUCACAUCCUGAUUGAGGUGGGGAGUGUCGAGUGGCCGCACCCCAAGGGUCCUGAAGCAUCGAGCAGUGUCUGA